AUGUGUGACUCGUGGGAGGUUGAUGGCAGACUACUCGCCAAAAUAGACGAGUAUUUUGACUUCAACCACCGACAGGUCUCCGGCCCCGCUACUUUCAGCGACGGUCCUAACGGCUCGUUUUCUCGCCACAAACGCGCGCGCAUUUUGGAUUCCCCGACGGAUGACGUCGUAACUGUCAAUAGCGACACAUCCGAUGACGCAGCGAGUGAUAGAGAGGGCUCUUACGAGCCCGAAUGCAUCGUUUGCAGCGAGCCGUUCACGGACACGUCGGAUGUCGGCGUUCCCAUGAGCUGUAUGCACAUUUUCUGCUAUAGUUGUAUUAAAAAGUGGUCGAAUCACACGAAUGUGUGCCCUAUUUGCAAGAUCGAAUUCAAUGAGCUGCGGCGCCUCCGGUGGCGUCAAUUUGUCGAUUAUCUGUCGUCGUCCACUAGGUGGAGCCUCAAGCGGUUGCGCCGAACUGUAACUCCCCGCAUUAAAAACUUCAAGUCGUUAAAGGAGCAUUUGUUGAGUUGCUUGGGCGCCGUCCCGUCGCAGCGCGAAUGGGUUUCCCGUAAGAGCCUCGGCGAGGAGACGGAUGACAGCGUCGGUGGCUGCGAGGUCUGCGGCGGCGACAACUACUGGGAACAGAUGUUGCUAUGCGAUGGCUGCAACCUCGGUUUCCAUUUGUUUUGCCUAAAUCCGCCACUGACUAGCAUCCCACCAGGAGACUGGUAUUGCAAGGAGUGUCUGGACUCAGAGUUACAGCCUCCCCAGGAUUCACAUGACGCUGUAGCCUCACAAAGCAACACUGCUAGUGCGCGUACAACUGGUAGACGUUUGUCUGGGUCACGGACCACCAGAUUGGCAAGGAGGAGUCGUGUUGAAUUGGAUUCACCCAUUACCAGCCGCCAUUCUAGUGUAGAGUCGGACAGUGAACAGAGACCCACGUCGAGUGCUGCGAGUAGUGGUGAUAGUAUAGGGUUAGGUAGUGCAGCACUCGGCAGGAACGUCGAAACGCACCUGGAGCCAGUGUCGGCAAGUCAAGACGUAUUGCUCGACCUGGGUGCCGAUUUCUUCUCUGGGGACGGGGUACAUCCGGGAGAGCACGAAUCGGGCAGCGUGACAUUGACUCGUAUGCCUCCAAGUCUAGCGUCGCGUACUUCGGGGUCCGCGUCGUAUCCUUUUAGCCUGGAGGAGAGAGAACGCGCGGACCGUCGACAGGAACGCAAUACGUCUGAAAACUCGAUCGCAACUAAUGAAGAAACCAUUGGCACUGAAUGCGGCGGUCUUUUCAGUGAACCAGAUUCACCGUCAGCUGUUGAAUUCGAUCGUAACAACGGCGGGCGAGCAGGAGACUCGAAAGAGGCAGUAAAUGAGACAGCACUCACACCUGGCGGCUCUGUUGGUGUUAUUGCGAACGGUAAUGCGGGAUCAAUGCAUGAAGUAAAUGUAGAAAAUCUAAACCUCGAUGACUUGGCUUUUAAUGCGAAUUCCUUGUCUGUGCAAAGCAGCCAGAACCAGGAAACGCUUGACCCUGCAAGCAUUCUGGGUGAUAUGAGCAUGGAGGAGAUCGACAGGCUUUUCGAGGACAAGCCUAAACGCUGUAUGUCUUUCAUUUAUCGUUACCGAACGAUGAUGGAACGGGAAGUCCGUGGUAAUGGUCGUAUCCAAUCCAUGCAAAACCCUCGUAUUCAAGGCAGCUCUGUGAGGUAUAUUUUUUGA